CUGGUAACCGUGCUCCGCUAUUGUGGCGCUUUUUAGAGCUGAUUGUUUUCUAUCUCGCGUGCGUCGUCGCCAUAGUGACGGGAGGACGCCCGCAGCAGAUGCCUGAGAGCUCGUAAACACGCCACCAAAGGAUGGAAAGAACGCAAAAAACAAAGGAGGAAACAUCAGGAAGGCUGAGAGGGAGAGACUGCAAAGAGAGGCAGAUGAACAAAGACGGAGAGAGGAAGAAGAAGCUUGUGUCAUUGCUGAGCGUGAGGAGAAUGAACGGCUGGAGAGGGAGCGAAUAGAACAAGAGAAACAAGAGCAGCUCGAGCUGAAGGACAGAGAGCGCAGAGAGGACGAGCUGAAUGAACUGCGGUACAUUCUAGAUGAGAAUCACUCUGCAGUCAAUGCAAUGGAAUCUGAAUGCAGGGACAAAGCUAAGUGGGAGCAUUACAUGCAUUGCAAUAGCAGCCCAGAUUCAUCGGUGCACCCGGAAAUCAACUCCUUCAUCAGUUUGUGGAGAGAAGACUCAGAAACCCAAAUCCAGCAGGUCUUGGAGAACUGUGCUCUGGCUCUUCAGUUGACAAACGAACUGGACUUUCUCUUGAGUGAGGGUCCCGACCACAGUGUUGCUCAGCAGUAUCGAGAAGCACUCCUGUGUCUACAGAGUCUUAUCCACUGCAAACUCAACCAGGCCACCGAGGAGCUUUUGAAGUCCGCAAGUUCUCAUUCUGACUUUGAGACCGGCAACAUGCAGACUGUAGUCCAGGACGAAAAUAUCACUCUUUGUCUGUGGGUGAACCUCAACAAAAACCCAAGGUUUAAAGGCUUCCGGUUUGAGGAGGUGGGUCUGGGCUUUGAGUUGCCAAAGCCACUUGCUGUGAUUGACGUCGCUGUUCAGAUCCUUCAUACACGAUAUGAUCACCUGUCCCAUCACAGCGAGCGACAACAGCUCCAGAGAAGGAGAUCCAUGAUGGAGGCUGUGCUCACUCCACCAACUGAGAGCAUUGCAGCGAUGCAGGAUGAGAAGAUGGAGGGAGAGAGGGAUGAGGGAGGAAGUUCAAAGCCAGUGGAGGAAGACAGUCGCAUGGUCAGGUCAGACAGCAGAAAGAGGAGUGCUGUGAGUGUGAUCUCAGCUAAGGAAGGGAGGAAGAGCUCUUCAGUCAAGUUGUUAGAGGAAGGAGAAAGUCAGAUGGAGAAAAUCACUGCAGCAUUAGAAGCUGAUCAAAAUGGUUCUGACUCAUCACCAGCUGAACCUGUGAUUGACCGUGCUGACGUACAUAUAGUGGACCUGCAGCAGUUCACACCCCUGGGCGGAGUCUACUACUUUGAUGUGCUCCAUCUACCACCUCAGUCUCACAUAGUGAAGGGCUGGGAAAUGAGAGAGCUGUUAGAAACCGGUCUCCAGGCCUUUCCCUAUCCCACAGAGCAGUUUUGUGCUCAGAGCUCUACCUCAGUGCGGCUGGAUGAACACAGUAGCACUGUUGCCUCACUGUCUGUAGGGGUCACUGUAGCUCUGCCUGACUCAACAUUGUUUCUGGAGGAUCCACAUGUGGCACGUUGGGAUCCUAUCGGUCAGCACUGGUGGGCAGACUGCAUUUCUGAGGCAUCCUAUGACGCAGAGACCCACAGCAUCUCCUUUAAGAUGAAUGCAUUCUAUGCCUUCACAUUACUGCAGGAGUCAUAGUCAUGGGAGCUGAGGCCUCUGGGCCAAGACUCAGCUUUGUUCACAAUCACUGGAGCUCUUAUUGAAGUCAGCAUCACUGUCAAGGGUAAGCAAUAUAUGCUGCACAUGGAGGAAACAAAGAACCUAGAUCAUCUUCUAGGGAAUUGGAUAAGCCCCUCAGAUCUGCAGAAGGCCAUGCAGAAUGAGUAUUCAGACAAGUUCAGCAUCAACCCAAAGGACCCAUUAAUAGAGCACACAGUGUAUGAACAAAUGGCUCUAAUGUCCUCAGCCGUGGCUUUUUCAUGGAGCUGCUGGAACACACAAUGCGGACAAGAGCAUCUUGUUCUUCAGGCCUGUGAACAGUUGGAGGCUGGGUCUGUGGCUGAGGAGGCAUGGUCUCUUUACCUGCUGGGUGCUCAGAGGAACCAGCAUCUGAAGAUGAAGGAGCAUGACCACAGCUUCUCUCCUGAGCUGGCCGAGGGCAGCGAGUUCCACUCCACCUUUCUGCACAUGCUCAGACAGGACAUGAGCACUGAGGGCCAAGCCAGAGUCUGUCAGUCUCACCAUCUCUACACAGACACUGUACAGAGGCUCCUGUGUGCAACACGUGUCCUCACAUAUUCCUGAAAAGAGAAAGCAUACGCAUCCAGAAAGACUACAUGCAUACACACUAAUAUCUAAAACAUUUGAUACCUGUUUUGAACAGUCAUUGCUACAUCUUGAUGAUAUGCGGAGAUAAAAUUCUUUAUAAGCAGGUGAACCCAAAUAAUACUCUAGAAUGAUUAUUUAUAACAUACAGUAAGCAAUAAAUAUAAAUAUAUAUACAGUAGAUAGAUACCGCCACAAAAGAAAUGAGAGCAUGUGCACUAAAUCUUUCAUGGAGAAAUUGUUCCUAGAUGCCAGAAUAUUACAGAAACUCGCAGGUGUAUUUAAUUCUUAAAAAUAUAUAUAUUUUUCAUUUUAUUAUAAAUUCUUUAAAUAAUAUAUUACAAAUAAAUACUAAAACAUUUUGUUUUUGUAGCUGAAAUAUGACAUGUUUUGGUGAGAUUCUCCUUGAUUUAUAGAUUGUUAUACUCAUGAUGAAUUUGCUGCUAUUUGGCAAUGGUUCAUCAACUUCAUUUUAUACCACCAACU